UCCCGUCCGGCAAAAUGAGUGUAUUUUUUGAGUGAUUUGAGUGACGCUGUCGAAAUACAGUGUCUCUUCGACCAAUGAGUUACCCACUCACGCGAGCCCUCCCCCACCCCACCCGCAACGCACGGUGAGCUCUGCAGUUGUCAAUGUGUUCGUGUUCUUUCGAGCCGCAUGCUAAGGUAAUAGUGUGCGUGUCAUUUUUACACAUCCAUUUUUUAUUAGGCUGACAGCGCAUCAUUCACAAAACCGGCUUCAAAACGUUUACAACAGCAUUAGGACAGUGUUAUAAAUCGAUAUAUGUUACAGUUUACAGGGUAUUACUGAAAUAAAAAGAUAGAAAGUCAAAAACAUCAUGUCUUCACCGGGGAACGAAGCGCGUCUAGUUGAAGGAGACCGGGAUGAACUGUUGUUUUGUUUAGGCCGGAUCCCGGCUUGUAUAGAUGUGCGAGCAGUUACGCGUUUUGAAGAGGGACAACUAGCCACGGCAUCUGCUUCAUCAACGGUGUCGGCUGCAUUCGGUGGUAGUGUUGCUCUUGUGACACGGCCAACCGGAACAGAGCAACGCAACGAUGGACAACAGCCGAGUACGGCUGCAAGUCCAACGGUGCAAGCGACUGCUGGUGGUUGUGAUACGGUUGUGACACUGCCGUUUGAAAUCGUCCGACGCCUUGGUGAGCAGCAACCGACUUCAGUAGCAUAUUCGCCGUUGCAAGUAGCUGCUGGUGGUGGUGUUACUGUUGUGACACUGCCGUCCGGAACUGUUCGACGCAUUGGGGACCAGCAGCCGAGUUCAGUUGUCUAUUCGCCGAUGCAAGCGGUUUCUGGUGGUGGCGUUGCUACUGUGACACGUCCACCCGGUAUCGCUCGACGCAACGACGGACUUCAGCCGAGUUCAGCUGCACGUUCAACGGUGCAAGCGGCUGCUGGUGGUCGUGUUGCUACUGUGAUGCGGCCGCCCGGUACCGUUCGACGCAUCGACGGACAACAGCCGAGUUCAGCUGCACGUUCAACGGUGCAAGCGGCUUCUGGUGGUGGCGUUGCUGUUGGGGCACGGCCGCCCGGAAUCGCUCGACACAUCGGUGAUCUGCAGCCGAGUUCAGCUGCCUAUUCGUCGUUGCAAGCGGCUGCCGGUGGAAGUGUUGUUGUUGGUGCACGGCCGCCCGGUACCGUUCGACGCAUCGACGGACAACAGCCGAGUUCAGCUGCACGUUCAACGGUGCAAGCGGUUUCUGGUGGUGGUGUUGCUAGUGUGACACAGCCACCCGGUAUCGCUCGGCGCAACGACGGACUACAGCCGAACUCAGCUAGAUGUUCAACGGUGCAAGCGGCUUCUGGUGGUGGCGUUGCUGUUGGGGCACGGCCGCCCGGAAUCGCUCGGCGCAACGACGGACAACAGCCGAACUCAGCUAGAUGUUCAACGGUGCAAGCGGCUUCCGGUGGUGGUGUUGCUGUUGUGACACGGCCACACGGUACCGUUCGACUCAUCGAAGGACAACAGCCGAGUUCAGCUGUCCAUUCGUCGUUGCAAGCGGCUUCCGGUGGUGGAGUUGCUAGUGUGACACGGCCACCCGGUAUCGCUCGACGCAACGACGGACUUCAGCCGAGUUCGGCUGCACGUUCAACGGUGCAAGCGGCUUCUGGUGGUGGUGUUGCUGUUGGGGCACGGCCGCCCGGAAUCGCUCGGCGCAACGAUGGACAACAGCCAAGUUCGGCUGCACGUUCAACGGUGCAAGCGGCUUCUGGUGGUGGUGUUGCUGUUGGGGCACGGCCGCCCGGAAUCGCUCGGCGCAACGAUGGACAACAGCCGAGUUCGGCUGCACGUUCAACGGUGCAAGCGGCUGCUGGUGGUCGUGUUGCUGUUGCGGCUCGAUCGCCCGGAAUCGCUCGGCGCAUCGGGGAGCUGCAGCCGAGCUCAACUGCCCAUUCGUCGUUGCAAGCGGCGGCUUCCGGUGGUGAUGAUGCAGUUGUGGCACAGCUGCUCGACUCACUCGUGUCAGAUGAUAUGAGUGUUGAUGCGGCUGAUUCACAAUUGCAAAACACAUCGGCUUGUUUUAACGAGAACGAGCCGACGGUGUCUGCUGCACAACCAGAACCGACUGGUAUUGUCGGGCGACAGCAACCGUUGGCUUCAGCUGUGCUUUUGCGUGACACAGUUGCAGGGAGUUUGGAUUCCCCAAGUAUGCCAUUGCCCUCCGAGUGCCAUGGACAUAAUUGUUGCGUGCGCUGCCGGAAUACGCUCAUUACGUUGGAUGCUCGUAACGCACAAAUUUUGGUUUAUACGAUGGACAUACUUUCCAUCGUACAACCAAUGCAAGGAACGCGCAGAAAUAAUCAGGCCUUUCAACUCACUGUUGUAUCGAGCCUUCAAGAGUUCGAUGACGUUGAAGAAAGAUUAGGAGCUGAUGAAUUUUUUUUCUAUUCUUAUUUACACAAAAUUGAUUCUGAGAUCGACCGUCAAGAUGCUAACAAUAGGCUACACCAGGCUAUAAAUAUUUUAUUUGAAAAAAAAUUCUUUGCUACGUGCAGCUGGGACGGUUCGGCUGGAACAAAAAUUCCUUUCGAACGAUACAUUAAUGUAUUGCGGCUUAUGAAAGCUGUCGCCACUAACCAUUUGGGAAUCGAAGUGGACAUGAAUUAUGUACAUGAUUUUUUUAAGCGUAAACUUAAGCAUGCACAUGAACGCAUUAAUAUGAAAGACGAGCGAAAGAGUGUAUGUCAUACUAGGCGAUGAGAGAUGUAUUGCUUUUUUUUAAACACGUGUAUAUACUUUAUUAUUACCAAAUGAGAUCAAAUUGGAAUAGAAUAACGAAAAAUGUUAAUAUGCUAUGAUAUUUAUUUAAUGUUUUUCU